AUGACUCUUACGUCAAGCAAGCCCAAUUUGAAGGGAAUGCCGGCACAUCCACCUGCGUCCAACGCCAAGACUUUGCCAAAAGAGCCAUAUGAAGAGGACCCAAGAGAUGACUCGGACCCUCUCGCACCGCCGAAAGAGCUACGAGAAAGCUCGUACCUUUACACUUCGGAGACCUACGAAAGGCGGAAACAAGCAAUGGCAUCGUUCCGUGCGAAGAUGAAGGCCCUGGCACAUGCGCAACGGCACGGACAACCGUCGACAGCGAUUCAACCUCUAAGGAGAGCGGAGAACGGAGAGGUGAGACCACCGCCAAAAUUUGGAAGAACCGACGACCAUUUUCUCAUCGUCUUUCUUCGUGCGAAGAAGUUUAACGUCGACUUGGCCUUUGCUGAAUAUGUUAAUUUCUGCUAUGCUCAGAUGGACCAUGCUUGGCUCAAGAAGUUUGAUAUUGGUAUGGUGGAGCAUCUCAUUUCUUCAGGCUCGUUUCAAAUCCUACCGAAGACAGACAGGCGGGGGCGGUUAGUUAUGUCUAUGGACAUCAAGGCUCUGAUGCCGUACUUGGAGGACAUCGGCAGGGACAGGAUGCAAGACUUCUUAGCAGCUAUAUUUGCAAUGCUGGAGACUAUGAUGCUAGACAUUCGGGCACAAAUUUUCGGUCUUGUUAUCGUUGCCGACUUGACGGAUUGCAGACUCAAGACAUUCGGAUUCCUCUCCGUGCAGCAAUACCUUCUCUCACUUGAACUUUGCCAACACUGCUACCCUCUGCGUGCUAGCGGUAUGUAUCUAGUACACGAGCCUUGGUACGUGCGAGGAAUGUUGAAGGUAAUGAGACCUUUCAUGAAGCAAAAAACCAAGGACAACCUACUCUGCUUUGGAACGUCUGUCAAACAGGUUCACAAGUUCAUCCCGAAGGAGUCUCUCGGGCAGGCGUACGGAGGUUCGUUAAGGCUCAGUGAUAGACGACAUACGAGAGUAUGGAUAGAUGCGGUGCAGGCCAGACAUCGGUAGCACUGAAUUAUAUCGAGUUUUGCACAGUGCAUGUGAACCGUUUAUCUCAUUGAAGUCAGCAAUUGAUUUUUGUGAACACAACGCCAAGGCCGCGUCUCGGCACUGCUGUGUUUUGUUUAGAGUCUCUUCAUUUUGGCGCUCAGUUCAAAGAACGAAUGUUUCGAAAAGCCAGCUUCCGUCUAUUCGAGUCGAGGCGAGACACGGAAGACUUGCAAUAGAGGGAGCGUUAUCCGUUGUCCAUGCCGCAACAAGUGGCAUGAACAAAAGCAUCCUUGAAAGAUUCUAAUAUUGACUCUAUCGAUGAUGUGACAAUGCUGUGCUGGCUAGCCAGCUGGCUAGCCAGCAAGGGGCCAUGAGACAGCGCACGUGUGCCGCCAUCCGAGCCCUCGGCGUCUUUUCGUUUCCCUACAUUUAUAUUUUAAAUAUAUGUUUAAAACAUUUUUUUAAAAUGUUUUAAUAACACGAAAACAUAGAGCCAGGAUCUUUCUCUCAAGGGUUUCAAAACAUUUAAAAGUUUUCUCUGUGAACAGCUUAAUUCAA